GGCAAAGUACAAGUAGUUUUUUUAAGUACUCUUUUACUACAAUAGACAAAAAGGAAGAUGUUUCGUCCCGGAAACCGUGUGGAGCAAAACCCGGCUCACUUGGCGCCGAGCCGGCGAACCCUGCCGAUUCGACCUGCGCAACCCCCGGGUCGGGCCGAACAUGCGCUUUAUUCUUAAGGCCACCUUUAUUUUACUUCAAGAGUUCUUGUCACUAAUUUUUAUCGGCUCUUACUUAGAGAUACCUAGCAGGGACUAGAAUCCUUCUUGGGACCCAUUCUGCUCUCCACAAAGACUCCCUAAACGACACUUAGCUCGCUCAACCAACGUUAAAUAUUUGAAAAACUAUUAUUUUCUCCCGUCAGGCUCACAGGAAAAUCUUAGGCAGCUCGCCGAACAGAUUCAAGUCAUCAAUUUCUCCCUCUUCUAAUCCGCCCGCGUAAUGCGUGAGUUUCAAGUGCAAGUGAGGAAGAUCAGUCCUCCUCGACGCGCAGGAGAUCAAGGAGACAGCGCUGCGACCUCUGCUGGUGCAACUUCAGCUGGCUCUUCCUCCAGUGGCAGAUCUUCACCUAUUGCGAUCGAACGCAGUCCGACUAGAGACUCGGAGGUGAGAGGAGGAGGUGGAAGAGGUGAGGGAACCGGCUUGGCUUCAGGGAAUGGCGCAUCUGGAUCUU